GUCCGCUCCGGCCGGCCUGAGCCCUCCUCCCCGCUCUUCCGAGCUGCCCCGGUCCUCGCGCUGGCCCGGCCUCGCUCCCCGGGCUCGCACCGCGCUUCCCCGCGUCCGGGCCCGACUUCCUCGCCGCGGGCCCACCCGCUGGGGGCGGAGCUGCGGCAGGUGCGGGCGCGGGGCGUGGCGUGCGUCCCGGGCGCCAGGUGCGCCCCCGCGCCAAGAUGGCCGCCCGCCGCCCUCCCGCCGCGGCCCCGCUGCUGCGCGCCGCCCUCUGCCUGCUGUGCUGCGCCCCGGCGGCCGUGCGCGCCGUCCCGGAGCUCGGGCUCUGGACCCAGACGGUCGACGACAAAUCAGGACCUUUGAUAUUUAGGAAAACUAUGUUUAAUUCCACUGAGAUCAAGUUUUCUGUUAAGUCGUUCAGGUGUCUCAAGCCCGUGAAGUUCACUGUAGAGUGGACCUUGAAGUACCACACCUGCCACAGCGAAUACCCUGAGCUGGAGGAGAUGUCCCAAAAACACGAACUGGAAGAAAACUUUUGUGCUUAUUUGAAGAACAUCAACUGCUGGACAACAAAAAAUGAAAACUUAGAUUGCAGCAGUGAUUUACAGGUGUUUCCUGCGUUGAAUAACAAAGAACUAACAGGUGUGAGAAAUGUUUCAAGUCAGGAAGGAUCAGUGGAUGUGGUGGCCAGAACACAGAGAGAUGGGUUUCACAUCUUUAUUGUUUCUAUUAAAGCGGAGAAAGCAGAUGCCAGCUGGAACUUGAACGUUUCUCUUUCAAUGAUGGGGCCUCAUGGAUAUAUCUCUGCAUCAGAUUGGCCUCUAAUGAUCUUUUACAUGGUGAUGUGUAUUGUUUAUAUAUUAUAUGGUAUACUCUGGCUGACAUGGUCUGCCUGUUACUGGAAAGAUAUAUUAAGAAUCCAGUUCUGGAUUGCAGCUGUGAUUUUCCUAGGAAUGCUGGAAAAAGCAGUUUUUUAUUCGGAAUACCAAAACAUCAACAGCACUGGACUGUCAACCCAAGGUUUAUUGAUAUUUGCGGAGUUGAUAUCUGCCAUUAAGAGGACGUUGGCCCGCCUCCUGGUGAUCAUUGUGAGCUUGGGUUAUGGUAUUGUGAAGCCUCGUCUAGGAACCGUCAUGCACCGGGUGAUCGGACUGGGCCUGCUUUACUUCAUCUUCGCUGCUGUCGAGGGCGUGAUGCGGGUCGUCGGGGCGAGUGAUUCUGACCUUGUCCUCCUGGCCAGCCUGCCUCUCUCCCUUCUCGACUCGGGCUUGUGCUGGUGGAUUUUUAUAAGUCUGGCACAAACGAUGAAGACCCUGAGGCUGAGGAAGAACACAGUGAAAUUCUCCUUAUACAGGCACUUUACAAACACGCUCAUAUUUGCUGUGCUGGCUUCUAUAGUGUUUAUGGUGUGGACAACCAAGACAUUUAGAAUUGCAAAAUGCCAGUCAGAUUGGAUGGAACUCUGGGUGGAUGAGGCAUUUUGGAGCUUCCUUUUCUCACUUAUCCUUAUUGUAAUAAUGUUUUUGUGGAGACCAUCAGCAAAUAAUCAGAGAUAUGCAUUCAUGCCCUUAAUAGAUGAUUCUGAUGAUGAAGUUGAAGAAUUCAUGGUAACAUCUGAAAAUUUAACUGAAGGAAUAAAAUUAAGAGCCUCAAAAACUGUUUCCAAUGGAACAGCUAAACCUGCUACUUCAGAUAAUUUUGAUGAAGAUUUGAAGUGGGUGGAAGAAAAUAUUCCCUCUUCAUUCACAGAUGUAGCACUUCCAGUGCUGGUGGAUUCAGAUGAGGAAAUUAUGACCAGAUCUGAAAUAGCUGAAAAAAUGUUCUCUUCAGAAAAGAUCAUGUGAUCAGAACAUGUGUAAAUAAAACACGUUGUCGGUAAAGGACUCUGAUAGAGGGGCGAAGAGCCUUGUUAUGGUGUGACUCAACAGGCGCUUGCCGUGCUGUCCUGGAAGUCAGUGUGUCAGAGUGAGGACCCGGGUGGUGGAGGGCUCCGCGUCCUUGCCGGGGGUGCGGGUGGCCUGGGUUUGGAAGGCACCUGAGAGAAGUGCUCGGUGAAGACGUGCGCGGCCGCCUGUUGGCGGCGGUGCCAGUCGUGUGGACUUGGUUCUCUUUCUCUUCUCUGGAAAGGAGGGUAAUUCCAGACAUCUUUAAAUUAGACGGACUCUCCUCCUGUUCUUUCUCCUCCCCUUCGGGGUAGAUAAUGUGAUUCUUCUGAAGCGUAGUCUAUCCCCAUCUUUUGGAUUUGUAAUUACUAGAUGCAGUGAUGAUUUUUUUUUUUACUUUCAUACUGCAGUGAUUUAAUGUUGGAAUAUAGGUGUGGUUUUAUGUCUCACUUUGCCUUUUUUUGGUCUGCACAGCGCCCUCAUUUGUAAAUAGCCCCCGUGAGCAUCAGAUCAUGGAGUUAGGUCUUCUCUGAGCUCAGGGGACACAAGUGCACAAAGAGAAAAGUCUUAAGAGUCACUUCCAAAGAUUCAUUCAGCCACUGCCCCCUCCUCGGCCACGGGUACAUGUACUGCUGCUGAAUCUGCUGGGGAGGUGGUGGACACCUGGCCGCAUGGGGCCCCCAAAGCACUUCCUGCCCAGCAGGCUGGGAGAUCCUCUGCUGCUGAGCCUUGUGGAAGCCAGCUCUGUCUCUCACGUAGUCUUGGCGUUCUCUGCUUCGUGAUAAGAUGCAUUAACUGCAGAGUGCGUCACUACUAGUCUUGUAAAGGAUUCAUGGACCUUCGGCCAUGUUUUCUGCUUAUUUUGUUGGGCUUGUUGUUGACGUGCGGGUUGGCAGCUUUUGUUUUCAGGUCUUUUUUUAAACUAGAGUGUUCUAACCUGACAGGCAGCUGAAUGUAGUGUGAUGAAACGUGCAAGUCCUACUGUCCGCGUGACCAAAGACCAGGGCUGGCCUGCGUGUGGGACGGUGUGGAAGGGUGGCGUCUUGCCUUCUCUCAAGGAGGUCUGGCCUUGGGAGCUGAGCGCGACUUCAGAGAAUCCGGUGGAGAAAACCUGAAAAUCUAACUCUUAAUACAACUUCUCAUUUUUUUUUUCACUGUGAAGCCACAGAACUUUUCCUUUUCCUUUCAGAAGCCUGCUUUCUGAACUGUUUCUUGUUUACACAUGUUGGAGGCGUUGGUAAGGGCUGUCUCAGGGAGCAGUGUCCCUGGAAAGGUGUUUGUGGUGGGACUGGAGGAGAGCGCUGCUGGAGAGGCAGGUGUCCCAGGCCGCUGCCCCGGCUCCUUCCUGAGGGGAGGGAGUGGAACCACUCCAGGUUCCAUUCCCUCCUGGAGUUGCUGCCCACUGAGUGUCCCCGCACGUGUGUCUGCCCUGGUGGGGUGCACUCCACGCUUGGCCCGGUUGGUUCAGACUGGAGGUGCCCGCGGUGCGCCGUGGGUCAACCCCAGCUCAGCAGGCGGCAGUGGAGAGUCCUGGGCUGGCAGCCAGGAGGCACUGUGAGCAGGGGGUGGGAGUCAGGCUGGUGACACUGGGGAACCGCCUCCGCUGGCCUCACUACUGUUCUGAAGGACACUUCUCCUGCUGGGAAGAAGAGCCUGCUGCGUAGUCGGCUGGGGUGAAGGCAGCCUCUGCGCUCGCCCCAGAAGGCAGGUGCCUUGGGCCAGCUGCUGCCGAAGGGCAUGCGCAAGUCUGUCCCUCCUGGCCACGGCGGUGUCCUCUGUACUCCUGGGAGGCAGGAGGGGCCGCCGGGCUCCUGGAGGCCGGCAGGAGCGUCCCUGGGCUGCACAGUUCCUCCCUCCUGGCUCCAGGCUAGAGAUUUACUUCCAGGAAGCCUUGGGCACUGUCCUGGUGAAAGGCGAGGUCUGAGGGCAAAGGCCCUUGGAUACGAUAAGUGAAAUGUGCCCAAGAGGAAAUUUGCAUGGUGUAGACUAAAUAUCCCCUUUAAAGGGUAGUCAGCUUAUUUCAAAAACUAAGGAAAAGUAGUUGAUCAUUUUAUGCCUAGAUAAUUUUCCUUACUUUGCUUGUAAAGAAAAUAAUUUUUCUAAUCUUUCAUAUCCUGUAGAGUACUGUCCCUUCUGUAUUACAGUACGUUAGAUUUGCACUACUGUAACGUCAGGACUGAAAGUACAACAAUGUACAUGUACGUUUGAUUUUGAUGUCUUCUUUUUGAAAGUGGCCUGGGCCUGCCACCCUGGCUGUAGCGACUAGUCGAGAGCUGGUAGGCUAGAUUGAGGUCUCUCCUUCCAGAACUUGGGUUUCAUGGCAACAGCAUGCAGUUAGCAAUACGCAGCACCACGCCUUACAAGACAGCAGCUGGACACGGUCAAAGUUCUGAACAUAUCAAUGUAUAUAAGUGACAAAACUAGAUUUUUAAGGAAGUGUGUGUUAUACCACAGGAACUUGAUACUGCAUUAAGAAACUUCUUUAGAACUAGGAAAGAGUUUUAUUCAUAUAUUUGGAGAGGAAGUUUGGGGUUUAAAAAGUUGUAUUUUUAUUUAAAAAACUUAAAUUAUUCUAUAACUUGAAAGACAUUUCUUUGAAUAUAGGAUAUAAUUUGAAAGUUUUGUUUGAAAUAAUGAUGUAUUUUUGUGCCUUAAUAUUGGUUCUUUUAAUAAAAUACUUUCUGAAGUUUUGGAUGAUUGAUUAUUUAUGA